AUGUCUGUCGUCACAGCCUCCCUUCAUGACGGACUGGAUCUCGGUGACGGGAGCUGUCAUUCCCCGUGUUGCUCAGAAUCUUCCUGCCCUGAAUCGUACUACUCACAGGAGUCGGAGACUACCUGGGAGGAGGACCUUGCCGACGUUAAAGUGGCACUUCCAGAAAACAAAAUAUCUCUCCCCAUAAUCCCAGCUCGAGCAAGCAUCAGUUCGAGCAAUGUUAGUCAUUACUCUUCUGCACGUUCCUCCCCCAUCCGCGAUCUUCCACCCCACAUGGACUUACCAACAUUGUUCACCACCGAGACCGUCCGGGACAACGAUAGCUUCUUGGUUAUGGACGACAACGUUGACGUAAAAGAGUCUGAGGGAGACGGAACUGGAGAUUUGGCCAAACAAGUUGACUUGGCUGAGGCGUUGUCGCGUAGCAAAUCGCCCUCUUUUCUCUCCCUUGAAGAGGUCGAGGAAGAAGACAUGUACAACCAACGAGGAUAUGAUGAGAUCGAACAAGACCGUAUAAUUUACCUGGGAAAUGACUGGGUCAAGUUACUUGCAGCUAUCGAGGCUGGUGUAUUGUUGAGAACCAUGGACACCAAGGACGACUUGGACGAGUCAAAGUCGGUGUCGGAAUCGGAAUCGGAGUACCACUACCCAAACAUGCGGGGCCACCCAACGAUAGCAUCUACCCCUGCCAGUGUGAUCCCGGAGCAUCGAAUUACAUAG